CUUCUUGAAGCUGACCAAUCAGAAUGCAGGAAGGGGAUUGCUGUCAGGGCAUAUGUGGCUUUAGCACAAACCAGACGUUCGGCAAAAUAGCAGCGGAAAAAGACUGAUGAGCCAGCAUGUGGAGCAGGUCAUUUCAGUGACAUGGACAAGUACGAAAACGUGAAGCAGAUCGGGGAGGGCUCCUUUGGGAAGGCCAUCCUAGUCAACUCGAAAGAGGAUGGACGCCAGUAUGUCAUUAAGGAGAUUGGCAUCUCUGGGAUGUCAACCAAAGAGAGGCGGGAGUCUCGGAAAGAGGUGUCUGUUCUCGCCAACAUGAGUCACCCCAACAUUGUCCAGUAUAAGGAGUCAUUUGAAGAGGGCGGUUGUUUGUACAUUGUAAUGGACUACUGUGAGGGCGGAGACCUGUUCAAGAAGAUCAACUCUCAGAAAGGAGUGCUUUUCUCUGAAGACCAAAUCUUGGACUGGUUUGUGCAGAUUUGUUUGGCGCUCAAACACGUGCAUGGUCGCAAGAUUCUGCACAGGGACAUCAAGUCACAGAACAUAUUUCUGACCAAAGAUGGGACGGUGCAGCUUGGAGACUUUGGGAUUGCGAGGGUCCUGAACAGCACUGUAGAGCUGGCCAGGACUUGCAUUGGAACGCCAUAUUACUUAUCGCCAGAGAUUUGUGAAAACAAACCAUACAACAACAAAAGUGAUAUCUGGGCUCUCGGCUGUGUCCUGUAUGAGAUGUGCACCCUGAAGCAUGCAUUUGAGGCUGGAAACAUGAAGAACUUGGUUCUCAAGAUCAUCCGGGGCUCGUACCCCCCUGUGUCAGUCCACUACUCCCCAGAGCUGCGCUCCCUCCUGGCUCAGCUGUUCAGGCGAAACCCCCGAGAGAGGCCGUCAGUCAGCAGCAUCCUAGAAAAGCCCUUCCUGUCUUGUAGGAUAGAGAAGUUUCUCCCCCCACAGAUAAUUGCUCAGGAAUUUCGCCAUACUUUUAUUCACAAACAGCCUAAAAUGGUUGUGGCACAGGUGCCAACAGCCCUAAAGAUCACCAAACCAGCCUGCAAAUACGGAGUGCCUUUAACCGUGAGGAAAGUUACCGAUGGAGCCAGAAAGCCCUCAGACAGGAGGGCAGCUCUAAAACACAAACCAGCACCUCUGCCAGCAGCCCACCUGAGAAGAGGGAGUCAGGUGGAGGAGGAGAGGAAAAAGCAGGAGGAAAACAUGAAGAAGAAAAGGAUGGAGCUGAUGGAGAAGGACAGGAGACAGAGAGAGCAGAUGUUCAUGCUGAAAGCAGAGCAAAUGAAGAGAUGUGAAAAAGAAAAGAUCACCAGAAUAAAUCAAGCCAGAGAACAAGGCUGGAAGCACAUCCUGACUUCAAGUGGAGGCAGCAGCCCAGAGAGAAAGUGUUUUGUGAGAGCUGUGAAGCGGGCUGCUGGGGCUGCCUCUCCUGCUCCCGCCUCCAGCAAGAGCCCCCCCGAACAAAGCCACCCUGCCUUGGACCAAACGGCCAAACCCCAGCAUAAAGAUGCCAGCUGGCUCUCUGCGGGACCGCGCAGUCCCCUCCGAGGUGAACCGGCUGCAGCAGGUCCGGUUCUGCCCAGCACCUCUUCCAGGCGCUUCAACCACAGUGCAAUCAAGAGGGAGCUUCAGAGGCUGCAGUGCGUCUCCAAACACGUGCACAUUAGCCGGCAGCGGGGUCAGAUGGCGGCUGAGCGAGCCUUUCAGGUUGAAGAGUUCUUGCAGAGGAAGCGGGAGGCCAUGCUCAACAAAGUCCGUGCUGAGGGCCAGCUGGGAGCGCAUCAAAACCUGGCUGCGAUCAAUGGAAGCCGGUCCAGUGGAGUUGGAUGCAGGCGACCUAAAGUCAACAAGGAGGAGGAGGAAUACCUGACCAGACUUCGGCAGAUCCGCUUGCAGAACUUCAACGAGCGUCAGCAGAUCAAAGCUCGACUCCGAGGAGAGAAGUAUGACAGCGAUGGCUCAGAUAGCCAAGAGGCCAACGAGGAGGCGGAGCUUAGGAGAAAGAAGAUAGAAGCUUUAAAAGCCCAGGCGAACGCCCGAGCCGCCGUACUGAAAGAGCAGCUGGAGAAGAAGAGGCAAGAAGCACACGAGAGAGAAAAGAGAGCCUGGGAGGACCAUCUUGCAUCCAAAGGGUUGAAGGAGGGCCUGGCAGGAGGAGGUGCAGCCGUCUCAUCCACCUCUGACUCCGAGGCUCCAGCCCCGCCUGCAUCCAACCCAUCCAGCCCAGCUAUCUCUAUGACAGCCGCCCUGAAGAACAUUGGAGCGAUCACCUCCCCAAAGGAAACCAUCAGUGACCCGGCUGCAGCAAUCCAGAGCCAGAAAACGCUGAUUCUGCAAAGACUCAACCAAAACCUGAAGCCCCAGAGCCCGGGGGGGGGGUCUGCUCCAGCCCCUUCAGAACCAGGCCCAGCCGUCCAGCAGAACCCGCCCUCCUCAAACGGAGACCGCAGGAAGUGGGAGGCGGCCGAGCUCCCUGUACUUCCUUUAUCUGAACAAACGUCAAAGGAGACGUGUCCUGCAGUACAAGCCUCCUCUCCAGAAGACAGACCUGCUCCUGGUGGGGACCGGAGGAGGUGGGACGCCGGUCUUCCUCUGGUCGUUCCUGCAGCUCAGCAGACCUUGGAGGAGACGUGCUUUACACUCAUUGAUCACACUGUGGGGGAUGUCAUACAGAUGGGGGGGCUGCUGGAAGAUGUUCCCAGGGAGGAGUGGGGGGCCAGUCCAGUGGGGCAGGUGCUGACAGUGCUUCAGGAGGCGGAGCCUCAACCCCUCAGCCAGCAGAUGGCGUCUUCCACCAUGAAUGAGGAUGGGCCGUCUGGCUGUGAUAAGCCUGACCCGGCUGAAGAAUUAACGUCUUCUGAGGACCAGAGCGUGGCUGAAGAAACCCCCAACCUCCAUGAGUCUCAGGGUCCAGUCGACCUGGAGUGUGUGGUUCUGGAGGAGGGUCCUAAACCGGCGUCCUCUUCUCCUGUUGAUGUGCAGCAAGCAUGGCAGCACAGGCCGCUUGAUGCUGUUUCAAGGCCCACCGACAUGAUGGAGACAGAGAAAACCCCCGAACCGUCUGCUUCACUGCAGCAGGAGGAGCCUCUGUUCGUGAAGUUCUGCUCCCCGGUCCACCGACGCACUGCCGCCUUAGCAGUCCUCUCUCCUCAGUCCUCCAUGGACGAGUCCUCCUCCUCGCUGGCCUCUCGCUCCCGAUCCGUGUCCCCCCUGCGCUCCAAGCAGCAGAACGCCCUCCUCAUUGGUCUGUCCACUGGCAUGUUCGAUGCCAACAACCCCAAGAUGCUGCGGACGUGUUCUCUGCCAGACCUCGGCCGACUCUUCAGCCCUCAGCGGGAGGGGGCUGCGACCAGCACGGCGGAUGCUGUCCCGGAAAACAACCUGGAGCUUGAAGACUUGGAGGAUGCGGCUAAAGAGGAGGAGCAGUCAGAAGCUGAAGACGCGUAUGAAGACGAGGACCUGCAGGACAUCCGGGCCUCCAUGGAGAGGCUGCUGCAGGAAGAGGCGGAAGAGGCGGUCAUGGCUGCUGGAGACCUGAACGGAAACCCAGCAGGAGACGCCGAGCAGGAGCUUUUUAGCAGGCAGCCUCCAGAGAUGCAUCCCAACAAUCAGAUGGCUGUAGAUGAUGAGGAGGAGGAUGACGAUGAUGAUGAAGAAGGGGAUGAUGAUGAUGAGGAAGAGGCGGACGAGGAGGAUGAGGAAUGCUCUAAUGGCAGUCCUGGUGAUGAGGAGGCAGGAGAGUUGCUGUCUAACGGAAUGGGAGAAGAGCGCUGCAGAAAUAACAAGCAGCUGAAUGAAGAGUGGCAUUCAGAUGGCAGUGAGGAGGACCAGGGGGGGGCGUCUGAGCAUCACGACAGCAUCUUCAGUCGGCUGGAAGAGCUGCGCUUCGACCUGGAGCAGCAGAUGGGUUUUGAGAAGUUCAUUGAAGCCUACAAUAAGAUCAAGGCUAUUCAUGAGGAUGAAGAUGAAAAUAUAGAGCUGGGCUCCAGUUUGGUUUUGAGCAUACUUGGAACAAAGCACCAGCAUCUGUACCCCAACAUCCUCCACCUAGUGAUGGCAGACGGUGCUUACCAGGAAGACAACGAUGAAGAAUGUUUUGGAGAGUGAAGCUGCUCGCCGCUGUGGACGCCUCAUGUCUUCCUACCAGUCUGUCCAGAGGGAUCUAUGCAUGACAUGUGGCAGCCUCACACUUGCAUGAUGUUCACUGCACUUCCACAGACUGUGUUUGACUUCAGGACGAGCACCGUUUCCCUGGUAACCCUAGUUUAUUUGUAGCGUCUGGGACGGUCUGGUGAGGGCCGUGUUCAUGUCCCGUUUUUCUGUGCUUAGGGUUUGGUUUUAUGACACGCUCAGUCAUUCACAGAGAAACCUCCCCAUACAAGAACCAGGAUCUACUCAAAAACCAAGGAACCUCCUUUUGUUACCAGAGUUUUCACCAGACCAGGGCUGAGAUUGACUGACUGCAUUUUUCACAUUUUUACUGUUUCUGUAGCAGAGUGUGAGCCCAGCUGAUUCAAUCAAUAUUUCUUUGAAUAGAUGCUGCCAAGAUUUCUUAUUUAUUUUAAAUUCAGGAUUGUAAACAUUUGUAUGGAAUAAAGAAAUAAAGAAAAAUUGAAGGUA